AUGUCAACAUCAAUGUGUCGGCGAAUGCAAGUCUUCCAAGUGCUGUGCCUCCUGUCCAUCAACCAUUCUGAUGCCGUGUCGCACGUAUCAGGAACUGAUAGCAAUGCAGUGGAGGAGGUGCAUGACGGCGCUGGGCGCAAAGGGACUUCAUCAGCUUGGUCGAGCAGUGCAAGGAUCGCAGCGAAAGCGGGAGAUGUGGACUGUCAGUGGGACGAUUGGGUUGACUGGAGUGUUUGUCAGUUCUCGUGCGGUGGAGGACAAUCGGUUAGGACGAGAAAGGUCAAGAUCAUGGCGCAGGGAAAUGGUGUUGCUUGCGACAACAAUGACAAGGAAACACGUGUGUGCAACAAGAACCCGUGUCCACUUGACUGUGUUUGGGAUGAGUGGUCGUCCUGGGGUGCUUGCUCCGUGAGCUGCGGAUCCGGGGUGAAG